UCAACAACAACAGGAACAGAGUGAAUCAACAGAAGACAGAAGACUGUUUCCGUCUUUUCUUUCUCUACUCUAGUCGUCUAGCCUUUGUUAUCCUUUGAAGUGUCGGGAGAGCUUCGUAAAACUGUCUUGUCAUUUCAUGAACAAGCAGUGGAACAGCCUCUAGUUGUACAUCAACACUCUUUCUUGAGUUUCUGUGUCUGCUGAAGGCUUCAUUAAUUCUGAAAAAAUCAUAAUAGUACACUUGGGCUCGCAUAAGUUGGGACGAGGCUGCUACAAAAGAGAUCAGAAAUGGAGCCGAUGACAUUAGGAUCACCUGUGGGAAGUCCGGGAACUCAGAAUCCUUCGUCUCCGUUUUUGCCAGGUUUUUUGAUGGGGGACCCUGCACCUCAACCAACCAGUCCCACCAAGACUCCCCGCCAAGUUCACUUUGCCCCCACCACUGCGGGGUUAUCAGCCACAUCACCUCUGACUCCGGGACCAAUUGGACCCACUUCACUCAACGAGAGUUUUUCUAGGUUUCACAAAAACCAGAGGGAGAAGUCCGGGGGGCCUCCUACUGUAGGGUUGUUUGACACGUUAGACGUGACUGCUUCUGCCCUACCCCCCUCCACCCCCACCACCCCAUAUGAGCCAAGCGCUCAGCUGAUGCACACACCACAACAGAGCACGAACCAAUCGAGUGCAGAAGAAGGUGAACGUUGGGUGACAGUUUUUGGGUUUCCACCAGCCGCAGCUUCAUCCGUCCUGGGCCAGUUCUCUCAAGUGGGGCACAUUAUUGAGCACAGAUUUCCCGGCCAAGGCAACUGGGUGAACAUCUGCUACGCUAGCAAGCUUGAUGCUCGCCGAGCACUGUCGUACAAUGGAAAGGUGCUCUCCGGACACACCAUGAUCGGAGUUGUACCCUGCAGAGACUAUAUCAAUUAUUCAAUGAGAAGACCUGUAGUUCCAAGAUACAGCAUGAAUAAUAGGCAGACUUUUCUUAGAAGGUGCCCCUGUACAACACAACAAGGCAGUGCGUUGAAGGAUAUGACGAACAUGUUCAGCAGUACUGCCACGCCGACAACACCCAAAUCCCCUCAGAUGACUCGUCUGUCCCAGCGACGGUUGGUAACAUCCCCCACUUCACCGUACGCUCCGUCUCCCCGGGGCGGACGUCCCCUCAACAUGACAGCCCAAACGGAAAAUGAGGUGCACGGGUCACAAAAUACGCCAACAAAAAGUACAAGUUUUGUGACAAAAGCAGUGGAUUAUGUAUUCGGUUGGUAACACAAGUUUCCAAGUAAAUCAAUUUCAACAGACUUAGGUAUUAUCAUAUUUCAACUCUACUUUCUUGGACAUUUUAGCAUUUAAUGCUGUUGUUACUCGUACUAUUGACUUCUAAGUUUUAUACACUUAGACCUAACUAUUGUUUUGUGAUUAUGUUUCUUAUACUGUAAACCUAUUGACGGUUGUUAUAUUCUGACACCAUUGUUAUACUGCUUUACAUUAUAUGUUGUAAUUUUUUUAAGAAAUAUACAUAUGAAAAUUA